CAUGAGCCGCCCUGACAAGGAGACUACGUCAGACGCGAUCCGCCCACCAACGAAUCUAAUCUAAUGCGUUCCACUUCGUGCGAGCUAAUUAUAGGCCUAUUUGAAUGCUGCUCCCUUCUCCCUCCCUCAUCUUCAGCAGAACACCGACAAAGAUCCAAUUUUCUGGUCAUGGCGGCGGCGAAGAUCUGCUUCCAGCGGCCGCUCGAUUCGCUCCGCCGCAAGCUGAAAAAACCCCUGUUCAAGGGAUACGCCAGGGUGCGCCGCGGCGGCGGCGCUGGGUGGUGGUGGAGGUCCGCCCUCCUCUUCUGGAAGCAGAGCCACCAGGGCAGCGGGGAGUCCAGCGUGCGGUGGCGCUCCCGUACCGCGCAGUUGUGGCCCGUGUACACCACUGAGAGCAGCAGCGGAGCCAGGCGGCCGAGGGCGGCGAUGCUGCUAGCUGCAGCGGAGGUCGGAGCGGCGGCCGCGGCAGGGGUGGCCUAUCAGAGACUUAGGGACGCCGGUGGUGAUCACCGGGCGGCAGCUGCGGCGCCCAUCUACAUCGUCACCUGAAUGAAUCAAAGAUCCUUCCUUCUUCCCCUUCUCUGGAAUUAUCAAAAAGAUUGCUUUUUUUUUUUUUCCUUUUCGCGUUCGUAGAUCUCUCGAAUCCAGCGAUCGAUUGCUGAAGCCAAAGACGAACAGGUGAAGGCGUGGACCGGGGAAAAGGCGGCUAUUUCUGAAACGAAGUUCUAGGCGUGGAUGCUUUCAUGUUUGUUGAUGAAUUUCUAAAUGGUUACUAAUUGAGUGUCGAAAUCGGAUAAAGUGCGAACUGGAGUGAUACGGCGGCGUGUGCUGUGAGUGACCUAAAAGUAACGUGGGUUAAUAACCAAGUUGACUUGACAGUCUAAAUUUAAAUGACGUAAGAGUUAAGAGCA